GCGUCGCGUCACGCUCGGGAGGAUCCAUUGCGUUGGACCGGACCGGACGAGAAGCGAGAGAGCCGAGCCGAGCUUUUUUAACCCUCGUUUCCACCCCUGCCCCUCUCGCGGCGGUUCUCGAGAGCGUCGAGAGGAUGGCCGACAUCAAGCAGGACCACAAGGGCGAGGAUGUCGACAGCUACGGGAUGGGCAACAACGCCGACCCGAAGAACAUGCAGGAGCUGACGCAAUACGUGCAAACGCUGCUGCAGAACAUGCAGGACAAGUUUCAAACCAUGUCCGACCAGAUCAUAGGAAGAAUAGAUGAAAUGGGUAACAGAAUAGACGACUUGGAAAAGAAUAUCGCGGACCUAAUGACGCAAGCCGGAGUCGAAGGAGGUGAUAAAUAAGCUCAUUCUUUCCUCAAAUGCACUGAACUAUGAGUAACGACUUAUCUAAAGUAUAGCCAUACUUAUUGUCAUGGAAAAAAAAAAUGUAUACCGAUAGUGAAAUACCCAUCCUUUUGUUACAUUACAAAAAAUAAACUUACACUUUUUUAGAAA